AUGCCCAUUACUCAAGGAUCUACAGAGGCGAUCCGCGCAUUCCUCGCCGUAGGAUUGCGAUCUCCGCGCUCUCCCCACGAAACGAAACCGGACAAUAAUCGCUUCUCUUUCCUUGAGCAUCCUUCAGCACCACGCGACCUCUCACGUCUCCGGGGCAGCCGGUCUGCACCAGGUUCAACGCAAGGAACGUCCUCACACGAGUGCUCGUCAGACUCCUCCCUUCUCGAGACAUCAUAUUCCGCCCCAACCCCUAUAGGAAGCGAUAAUGAAGAACCGCUGAGGAGAAAAUCAAGGCGAGGCUGGGAUAGGAUCAUCAGCUCUCUGAGUCCGAAGAAGAAGGGGAAGGGGAAGGCUAUGAUCGAUGAUGGUCCCCUGGAUGGAGAGGAAGGUGAACUAGUCGAUGAUGAAGGGUUCUUCGAUUCUGCUCAGGCGAGGGCUCGCAUAGAUCUUAUUACCCUCCUUCCUGUGGAACUCUCACUUUACAUCUUUUCGUUGCUCGACCUCUCCAGCGUUCUCUCGUGCAUCAUUGUUAACCAGUACUGGAAGGCGCUGGCAACAGAUGACGCGGUAUGGCGUGCCCUUUUUCAUGCCCAACCUGGUUGGCGCGUCGAUGUGGAAGCCGCGCAUCGACGCUUAGCCACCAACGUGCAGAGGCACCAGGAGGCAGUACUGGAAGAGAGGGGUAUCCCCAUACCUUCUUCGUCGACAAGAAAUCCGCGGGUUUCGAUAUCAUCUAUCCUGUCUCCUUCCAUUCUGCUCCCCACAAUAUUCUCCUCAAGCCCUACUCCUUCGUCAAAAAGCUACCGCACGUCAAUGCAAGCCUCAAGAAUCACCUCAAGGACCUCAUCCGCCGAUCAUGGAGAUAUGGAGGAUGCUGCUCCGUCACCACUUGAUUGGAAAGAUCUAUUCAAGAGCCGUUUCAUUCUCGACAGGAGGUGGCGGCUCGGCUUUCCCAGGGUGCGGCAAUUGAUGGGUCAUCAGAGUCUUGUCUACUGUGUCAAGUUUGACCGGGAUCGUAUCAUAAGUGGCUCCCGGGACAGGACGAUCAGAGUUUGGAACACUCACACUGGGCAGCUUAUUUCCACCUUGCGCGGACAUGACGGCAGCGUUCUCUGCCUCAAAUUUGAUGGCAAAUCCUCCUUCUUGGUAUCUGGCAGCAGCGACGGCUCCAUCCUCAUAUGGGACCUUGAGAAGGGCAUUAUUCUACACCGCAUAAUGAAAGCACAUGAGGGAGGCGUCUUAACGUUAGACUUUGACGAUCAACGGAUCGUCAGCGGAGGGAGGGAUAACACUGUGCGGGUAUGGGACCGGCAGAGUUACGACCUCAAGAGGAUCAUGACUGGCCACGAGGGUCCGGUGAACUGCAUAAUCCUUCAGGGAAGCACGAUCGUCAGUGCCAGCGGCGACGGGAAGCUUAUGAUGUGGAAUAUCGAGACCGCCGAGAUCUUGCGCCGAUUCGAGGGUCAUUCUCGAGGGAUUGCAUGUGUUGCACUAACUGAUCAUCUUGUCAUCUCAGGAUCGAAAGACCCAUUCAUGAAGCUUUACGACGCCUCCACCGGUACCUGCCUCGAGACUGUCAAAGGCCACCACGAUCUUGUGCGCUCUCUUGCUGUCAAUCGCACGAUGAACCGUGUCAUCUCAGCGAGCUAUGACAAGAGUGUCAAAGUAUGGGAUGUGGAUGCAGAGGGGAAGGAACUGAAGCUUGUGCGAGACUUCCCUGACGUGCACGACAGUCAGAUCUUCGACGUCGCAUGCGAUGUUUCGAGGAUUGCAACUGCAUCGUACAGUCAUGUUGUCACUGUUCUAGACUUUGGCUAUGACCUGGACACGUCGCUUUUCGCUUAG